GGGGGCUGCUUAGCUGCCUUGCCACACCCGGGCGCCAGCCCUUUCGGCGGAUCAAACUGCCACCCACUCAUCUCGUUCAGUCUUUGCUCAAUUCUAUAAUGAAUCCAUACGUGUCAAACCCAGAUAACAUUCCUGCCACCGACCAGUAUGCAGAUGUACCGUUCUACGGCCGGUAUUUCCCCAGUCCGGACGACUUUCGCGUCGAUCUCCAGCACAUCAACUCCCAAUCUACAGCCUCUCUGCAAUACUGGGCAUCAGUUGUUGAUCUCUGCAAUGAGUCCGUCAGGAUCUACCCGGCCGACGAGGGCGGCCGCGACGUGUUCGCCCUUGGCAGCGUCAUCGUCAAGUCAAGCCAUCUUCACAAUCCAGGGAACGGCCAGCAUACAGAGAUUGACUACUCAUACGCUGAUGCCAAUGAAAUGCAGGCUGUUGCUAUUGCUAAGAGCAUCCUAAACGACGUUAGAGUGCCAGAGAUCUUCUUUUCUGGCAAGAUCGAUGGCCGUCAGGUGCUAGUCCAGGAAAGACUCUCAGGCGUUAGUUUGACCGUCGCAUGGCCGUACCUAUCGCAAGCCCAAAAGGAAGCAUUCAAGCAGCAGGCACGAAAUAUACUUCGACAGUUACACGCAGUAAAGCCCACCGAUGGACGCCGAGCUCGCUCCCACAUCGUCCAAGAUCCUAACAUCCUCAACAAUGGCCGUAUCCAUCCUCUGGAAGGUGACAUCCUCUUCUCAAGCGCCAACAACGACCCGGACAUGAGUUUCAUGCACAACGACUUCACCGAGUCCAAUUGCAUAGUUGACAAUGACAGGAUUGUCGGGCUUGUUGAUUGGGAGAUGGCUGGCUUCUUCGGCUGGAAGACAGCUGGUGAAGUCCACCGUAGGAUCAGAACGCCUCAAAGGGAGCAUUUCGCCAAUGUCAACUUGAGUGAGGCGAGGCUUCAGGAAAUUAUAUUUUGGAAUGAUCUUUAUGACGCUGGUACGCCUGAGUUUUGAGGGGAGGGGUAUAUAGAAAUGCUAUAUAAUUUUAUUUUAUUUUACUUUUAUAAAAAGUAUUUAAACAGUCUAUAAACAGAUAUACUAGAGAAUACACCUAGUAGGUAGAGCGCAGAUAGUCUUGUGAUACUAAACGGGCUUUCCCUUAAGUUUCCGAAAACGGUGCUACAAUGAAGAGGGAUCAACAUCAAAAAAGCAAACAAAUGAUAGACGGCAAUAUAAGGCGCUUGGAUAUGCCAGUCAUCAUGUAUGAACAGCCCAUGGUGGUUGGGAAUGCCUAGCAGAAGUGCAGCGAGAGGAAGUAAGUCAGCCAUGAUGUGUAUCUACUUGAUGGGCAGCUAGAAGCAAGUGUUGAGAAAGUACAGUACGAGCCUUGGAAAGUGAACUCCGGGUCUGAUAGACUACUGGCCAAAUAAACAACCUCAAAUACACGCAAAUUACAUUCUGCAAACGCAUUGGUGUCCUGCGUGUUGGGUCACACCAAGCCUACCCUCUGCCAUAUUUUAGACAACUACCUAAUUAAGUAGCCCGCGGAUCAAAAAUCCCAUAAAGUACUCUGACC